AUGGCCACAUACGCUGCAUUCAAGCACGUCGAGCUGUACAAUGUUGGCAACACGAAGAAAAGAGUUCUGAAACCACCGGGCGGUGGCAGCAGCGAUCUUUUCGGUGCGGAUCAACUUGGACCCAAUACGCCACGCACCAUGAGCAAGAACCGGAUGCAGUCGAGCAUUUUUACUGCUCCAUCGGACGCCCACAAGAAUGUCUUUCGGCAAGGAGCCCAUCGAUACUAUUUUCUUGGUUCGGAAACUCCACGCCGCAACGGACAGGGCCAGGAUUCGCACAACCGUCUGUUCGGCGAACUGAACCGUCCGUUCACACCGGCCAAGAACCACAUGAAGAGCAACCUGCCGAUCGGCAACCCGGCCGCCGGCGAUCAUGCCGAUGGUGGCAAGCCGCAUCAGAACGGCAAAUCGAACGGAGUAGCCCACCAGAACGGUAACGGCACGGCCAAUGGACAUCACACCAAUGGACACAGCAACGGCAAUGGACACAUCUCGUCGGCUUCUUCGGAUAAUGGAUCCAGCCAUAUUUUCCUGAGGAGAUUAAGUAAUGAAGAAGACGCAUCACCGGAUUCAGCCUACUCGUCCACACGAUCACAUACUCAGCAGCAGCAACCGAACAUACAAUCGAUGGCCGGUCCCGGUGGCAUAUGGGCUCCGUUUGAUACGGCGGCCGGCAUGGUGCCACCGCUCUCGCCCAGACGCCAGCUGCAGUUCUAUCCGAGUGGCGAAACGCUGAAUCCGACCUAUGCAUCGAACAUUAAUCUCUGCAUCAGUGAUGACAUCAUCAUCAGUGUGACCGAACACGACGAUACGGUGGUACCGCACGGACUAAACAGCAACAAUGGCAAAGCAUCGCCAAGGUCACCACGCUCGCCACGGUUUGCGCAACGGAACCCAGUUACCGGCAACGGGGUCGAAGAUUACGCCGACAAACCACGGAAGCUUAGCUCGAGACGUGGAGCAGGAGACGGCAACCCGGUAACUGGUGAAGGAUACAGCAAAUCGAACGGUGCAGCUGAAAUCAACACAACGGUACCGUCGCUGAACGGAGGUGGCCAUGUUAUCAAUAAGAAUCGCAUUCCGCCCGGUGGCUUCUCGUCCGGUCUGUGGUAA